AUGACUAAGCCAGGAAAGCCAGACAGCUACUGGAGGGACCUCUGUAUAAAAUAUGCCCAGGGCCUUUACCGCUUCUCGACUGGCAAACGGCCAGGGGCCAAGAAAUGGAAAAAGGCCUUGGAGAACAUCGAUGCUUGCCACUGCAGAGCCAUAGUGGUAGUAAGGAUCUGUUCGGGAGAAGCCUUCAGUGCUCCUGUGGCUUCCACAAGUCCCUUCCCAUGGAGCCAGGAUAUUCUGUCCCAGUUGGAUGUGGCACACAGGAGCCUGUUCCCCGCUGUCCUCACCACCCAACUGGCUCUGGACAGGAAAGCAGUGACUUUCCUCAAGCCAAGGACCAGUGGAAACAGUUCCUCCUACCUCCAGUCUGCGAUGGAAGAAGCGCACAGUGAGGAGUGGGCACGGCAGACCAUCCGCUACCUCUCGGACUGUGAGCGGCACAAGAAAAUGGCUACCUUCAUCCCCUCUGCAGCUGUCUAUCUUCCUCCACCAACCUUCAGGCCCCUUCCACUUGCUCAAUGGUUUGAGACGGUCCACUCCAACGACAUUCUCAGCCAUCUGGAUGAGAUGAAGGGAGUGAUCACUUCUACCUAUGGUAGAAUUCUGAAAAUGGAUUCAACAAAGAAGAUCACCAAGAAGCUGGCUGGCGGGAUCGGGGACAGUGCGGCAUGGAUGUCCAAUAUCAGAAACGAGUUAGGCCAGGUCCUGAACUCUGUUCUGACGUCGGGUGAAGGCGUGUCUUCAGUGGCUAAGCUGUUUCACCCAUGGCAAACUACAGUGCGCUUGGACAGCUUCCACUUCAUGAGGCGCUUUAACUGCGGCCUCACAACAGAACACCACCCUCUGUAUGGUAUUUUCUGUGCCAAGCUUUCCUCCUGCAUUUUUGCACGGGACCAGGAGGAUGUGCAACGCCUGAAGGAGGCCAAGAGAGAAGAGUGGAAGAGCAGCCACAGCGGGCAUACUCCCACUGAGGAGCAGCUCAUGGCCACCAUCAGUCCAGGCGAACUGAAGAGGCACUGCAGGAGGAGGACCCGUGGAGUGGAGGAGACGCGGGGCAUGAUCUCAGGGCUGCUGGAAUCAGUGUGGGAGCUGACGGACACCACAGGGCUGCGUCUGGUGAGCCAUGACAGCAUGCGCCAUGUCUGGGAAGUGCAGCAGAAGCACCUGGAGUGCCUCCAAGACCCUGCAGGUGUGGCACUGUACACGAAGGUGGGGACACUCCAGAAGGGCGGCAAAGAGUUGGACGUCCUAAGGUGUGGUAGGGGGUCCUCCUCCCUGGAGAGUUUUCACAAACACCAGUGCGCUUUUAUUCCAGGCUGGCGGUGCAAUGCUGUUCACACACAGAUGUACAUGCUGGAGGGAGUAUCGAGGUGGAACAUGGGCCGGGCCAAGGAGGCAGUAGAUGUGGAGGGGGCCUCAACCCUCAGAAGCUUUGAUGUCCGCUUGAUGUCCCACCUCAGCAACUUAAGCCAGCGCGUUCUUGGUUCCACUCUGGUGCCAGAGUUCACUCCACCCGGGAAACCUACUAGCGAGCGCAUAGCAGUGGAGUAUUUAUUGGCCCAGACCAACAGAGGUGACCUGCUGGCUCCAAAUCAGGUCCCUGAGGUCCCCUCGCAGGUACUUGAGGAGGAGGAUGAGCCGGAUGACACCAUCAGCAUGACUGACAUUCUGUGCCAGUCAGCUGCGAUAGGGGCUGGUGAUCCUCCAGGUGCUGUGGUGGGUGACGCUGAACCCGGACCCCUCGUCACACAGGUGCAGGUGCUUGAGGCGGAGGAGGAGCCAGAUGACACCAUCAGCAUGACUGAUCACACAGGUGAUCCUCCAGGUGCUGUGGAGGAUGACGAUGAACCCGGACCCCUCGUCACAGAGACCAGCCAAUGUGACUCAAGGGGCGUUGUGGGAUGGGAUGCGGUUGAUAACCUUGCAGGCUACCUAGUUGGCUUGAAUCGCACCAUCACUGCCUUGUCAAUGAAGGAGGAGGCGGACAUAGUCCAGCUAUAUACAGCUCUCCAUGACAUGGACAAGAAGCAUUCAAGCUACACCCAGAAGGCUAGAAAGAAAGGACAGACAUCAGGAGGACCAUGGAGAGCACCGAGGAGGCCGAGUGGCUCUGCUCCUGGACAGCAGGCGGCAGAGAGCCAGCAGAUCUGUCAUCAGGCUCUGCUGGGUCUAGUGAGGCAGGAGGAGUUAAGACGGAUGAGGCAGGGAGCACGUAGGCAGCGAGAGGAGAGACGGAGGCAGGGUACCAUCAAAGCCGUCUCUGCCCCCUUUUUCAUCCUGCUCUGCCGCGCCACACCACACGGCAGCUCCACCAACUGCAGCACACUUCAGGGUACCAUCAGAGCCGUCUCUGCCCCCUUCUUCAUCCUGCUCUGCCGCGCCACACCACACGGCAGCUCCACCACCUGCAGCACACUUCAGGGUACCAUCAGAGCCGUCUCUGCCCCCUUCUUCAUCCUGCUCUGCCGCGCCACACCACACGGCAGCUCCACCACCUGCAGCACAGAGGGUCAACUGGAAAGGUUUCCUGCCUGA